UGCUCGCUCAGUGCGCGUCGACGGUGAAGCGUGUUUCCUUGGAGCUCGGCGGCAACGCUCCCUUCAUCGUCUUCGACAGCGCUGACGUCGACGCCGCCGUCGCCGGCGCCAUGGCGUCCAAGUUUAGAUGCAGCGGACAGACGUGCGUCUGCUCUAACCGGCUGAUUGUUCAGGCGGGAAUCUACGACAAGUUCGUCACCGCCUUCGCCGACCACGUGAGGGCGCUACAGGUCGGCGACGGAUUCGAGCCCGGCGUCAGCCAGGGUCCGCUCAUCAACGCCGCCGCCGCUGAGAAGGUGGACCGGCUGCUGGCGGACGCGGUGGCGCGCGGGGCGAGCGUCGUCGUGGGAGGGAAGCGCCACGAGCGCGGCGGCAACUUCUACGAGCCGACGGUGCUCACCGGGAUAACUCCGGACAUGAUGCUCGCACGCGAAGAGAUCUUCGGACCUGUCGCGCCGAUCGUGAAGUUUACUUCUGAGGAGGAGGCACUGGAGAUUGCUAACUCCACGAGGGUUGGACUUGCUGGUUACUUCUACUCGCGCGACAUCUCGCAGAUCUUCCGCGUCGCGCGCCGCCUCGACGUCGGCAUGGUCGGCGUCAACGAGGGAAUCAUCUCGGCGGUCGAGGCUCCGUUCGGCGGGGUCAAGGAGUCCGGUCUCGGCCGCGAGGGCUCGAGCCGAGGCAUCGACGAGUACAUCGAGACGAAGUACGUCUGCGUCGGCGGCCUGACGCCGUAGA